GUUGUCGUGGCUUUUCAGACGGUCGUCAUCAUUCUGGGUUUUCUCUUGUGGAUGUGGCUAAAAUCUCGUCCAUUUGACUUGGAGACAUCAGCUGGACGGUGGACAUCUUUUUUAAGUUGUUUUAAGGACACCUAUACAUAAGACAUAAAAUGCCUGGCCCUGCCGCAAGUGCUACAAAUGUGGGCGCAUCCAGCCGGUCCCCCAGCAAAGCUGUGGCCCCCAGAGCGGCAGGCUCCACAGUCAGACAGAGGAAAGCCACCAGCAGUGGGACAAGGAGUGCGGGACGGACAGCUGCCUCAGCGGGCACUGGGGGCAUGUGGCGCUUCUACACUGAGGACUCUCCUGGGCUGAAAGUUGGUCCGGUUCCUGUCCUGGUCAUGAGUCUGCUGUUCAUCGCCUCUGUGUUCAUGCUGCACAUCUGGGGGAAGUACACCCGCUCGUAAACUCUACCCACCUCGCCCCUCUCCGCUCAAACCACCGGACCUGGACCAAACGCCGUCUCUGCCGAAACCUUGGUGACUGCAGGGCAUCUGAGGACCCACAUCAUGCCCCUCCUCUGUUUGGUUCAUCACGAGGACCUUAGCGCCAUCCUCAAUUAAUUUAAUGGAUUGAUUUCUUUCCCUUUUUUUUUUUUUUUUUUACAUUUUUUUUUUUUUAAACCCAGUCCUGCCCUUCAGUUCUCUUUUGGGUUUUUUUCUCCACCAUUUUUUUUUCUUUGUUCAUAAUGAGAAAAUGUAGUUUUUGUUAACGUCCUUUGUACAAAACAAUUAAAGCAACGAAGGUUGUACAAUAAAACAAGUCUUAUGUUA